ACGUCUACCAUCCUUGCGAAUCGGACGUGCUGUGACAUAAAUGUCUUAUGGUUAUUAUAUACGGUUACCGAGAAUGUUCUUCAGUAAUUAUCUGCAGUGUCUUAUUACAACUCUAAUAGGGUGGGUUUACAUGUCAUAGCACGAUUGAUUACGCGGCUGCCAACCCUUAUAUUGAAUGCGAAUGCAUGGCCGAAAGCGUUCAAAACGAGAUCAGGGGCAUCAAUAGAACCCGUUACACACUCAAUGGGAUGGCAAUAUCACAUUGACCCUUGAAUGCGACUGCCGACUGCCGGUUAUUCCUGGAAGCUGAUACAGAGGAUGCGUACCCUAGAGAACCAUACAUGCCGAGAACUCGAUGCCCGCCGCCUACGCCACAGCUUAAAGUCUAAAUAGUCGAAGUUCUAGUACUUUGAAAAUCGGACCAUACCAUUCAAGAGGAGAUACCUGGAAAAAUCGCCAGGAUUUCCUUGGUCGAUUUGGUAGUGGAGUAUCCGUGCCUCCUUGGCCCUACGCCGAUGUGGAUCGACAGCGCUUGUUGGAUGCGCACAGUCGUCCUACUAAUUAGAGGCUCUUAGUCCGGCGACUAAGCAUCUACGAUAUUUCCCUUCUCUUCCCCUCAGAGGGGUAAAAAGCGAUGGAAUAUCAAAUGUUACUGUUUGCUCUAUUCACUUUUGUCGGUGCGGUCUGGGCAGCGACGUCUACCUACCCGGUGAUCUUCCACGGCACUUUCGUCUUCACCCUUCCCAGCGAAGAUGUAUCCUCGCCGGCCAGCGAUACGAAGCGGGCAACCGACUCCUUCAGCUAUAUGACCGACAAGGGUUACUUUAGUUUCGGAUGGUGGAUACCGGCAGAUAGUAAUGGCAACACCUCGCAUUGCCAGUCAGACUCAGAUUCGUUCCAUUGGUUAGAGCUCGCCGAGACGAAAUCGUGCGACGAAGAGACUGGAGACUGUUUAUACCAUGUGCAAAACGUACCUAUCCGACAAUCGGACGACGUGAAGCUCUUGGGGCUUUCGGGGAGGUCGUUAGAGUACGUCAUACGGCCGGCGGUUUUCAAGAAUGGAGACAGUGAUCAGGUGGCGUUGACUUAUGUCGAUGGCGAUGGGGUCCGGAUCCACGGGGCAGGCACUACACAGAAGCUAAGCGGCAAGAAGCGCACGGCAAGGGAGUGUCAAAAAGCUCUACGGACGCUGAAGAGAUAUUACGAGAUCAACGAUAUUGACUUGGGCUUUGAGAUUAGAAACAUAUGCGCGCAAGAUAGGGACACGGAUCGUAGUCGGAUUCAAGAGCUGUAACUGCGAAUGAUAUAAUACUUAAUGUCAAUCAACUACCUAAACGGUUGAAAGCUGGUGCAGGCCCAUUGCUAGUACCUAACGGGACGGUUAGUAAGAGAAGUGCGAUGUGAUGUCUUUGCUGGAUUAGGUGCCUAGGC